AUGGGUGUAACGAAUUCAAAAGCCGAGAGAACUGAUGCUCUGAGAUUAUGCAAAGAAAGGAAAAGAUUCCUCAAACAAACCAUUGAUUCAAGAUGUGCUUUAGCAGCUGCACACAUUUCAUAUGUUCAAUCUCUGAGAAACUUAGGUAUUGCUUUUAGGAAAUAUGCUGAGGCUGAGAUUUUAAUAGAGCCCUCUCUAUCCUUUUCAGCCAUUGAUCCUGAUAAAACUUCUUCACAUUCGACACAUCCGUCGCCCUCGCCAUCGCUCGUUGGCAAUGUAUCUGGUACUCUAGUCGUCCAUGAGAGUCCCCUUUCACAGCCUAUGGCUCGAGUUAGUUACAUGAGAUCGGGAGGGGGUAGUGCUUUGACUGUUAGAGUGAGUCCACCGCCUAGGAAUAUGUAUGUGGAGGAGGGUGAAUUUUCAAUGCCACCACCUCCACCACCAUGUCCAGAGUCAGAAUCUUCUUGGGAUUUCUUUAACACAGUUGAUGAAUGUGAGAACUUCAGGUUUGGAGGACUGAAUUCGAACCUUGAUGAUGUGAUGAUGUAUGAAGAUUUUGGUGAAACUAGUAGGACUCCAAAAUUAGAGACUUCAAAAAAUGGACCGGGCAAAUUGGUAGUAUACAAUGCUAGUUCAGCUGCACCUGAAAACACAGAAAAUAGUGAACGAAAAGUGAAUGAAUCGGAUGGAAAUGCGGUGAGGAAUGCAUCUUUAGUACAAUAUAAUUUGAAGAGAAAUAAAUCUCCUUUAGAAAAGGAUAUAAGUGCUGAUACGGAGGUUCCUUUGGAGUUUGUAACACCCAGGGCUAAGGAUUUUCUGUCUAGCAUAAAAGACAUUGAUAACCAGUUCUUUAAAGCAUCUGAAUCUGGGAAGGAGGUCUUGAGAAUGCUCGAGUCGAACAAAAUCAGGGUUGGAUAUACUGAAUCCAGAGGUAAAUUACGAGCCUCAUUUUAUUUGACCUCUUUUGGAGCAGUUUGUUGCCAAGGAAGAAAUGUAAAUGUCUUCGAUGUAUCUGAUCAAAAUGCGACCAAGGUUAUAACUUGGAGACGAACAACGUCAUCAAGGUCAUCAUCAUCAAAGAAUCCCACGGCUACAACGAAAGAUGACAAUGAUGAUAGUGGAAGUGAUUUUAUUGAGGAGUUCUGCAUGAUUUCUGGAAGUCACUCUUCCACAUUGGAUAGAAUGUAUGCUUGGGAGAGAAAGCUAUAUGAUGAAGUGAAGGCUAGCGAGUUUAUCCGGAAGGAAUACGAUCGCAAGUGUGACAAGCUGCGGCAUCAGUUUGCAAAGGAUCUUAGCCCUCAAGUAAUUGAUAAAACUCGGGCAGUGGUGAGAGAUCUCCAUUCACGAAUUAGAGUAGCACUUCAUGCGGUAAAUUCAAUAUCAAAGCGGAUCGAGAAAAUAAGGGAUGAAGAGUUGCUACCACAAGUUAUUGAACUUAUUCAGGGAUUUACCCGGAUGUGGAAAUCCAUGCUUGAGUGUCAUCAUUCGCAGUAUAUGACCAUAUCUCUAGCGUACCAUGUGAAAAGCUUCACUGGAGCUCCUCGUGGAGAGACUCAGAAGCAGAUUAUGAAUCAGCUGCAGGGCGAGGUGGAGUAUUUUCGCCUGAGUUUUACUGAUUGGAUAAACCGAUAUGUGUCAUAUGUAGAAGCCCUCAACAGCUGGUUACAAAAUUGCAUCUUGCAACCACGGGAGCGAUAUAAAGGCAGACGAGCAUUCUCCCCUCGUCGUGUUCUGGCACCCCCUAUAAUUGUUCUCUGCCGUGAUUGGUCAGCCGGGAUUAAAUCUUUGCCAGCGAGAGAAGUCAGUAAUGCAAUCAAAGCUUUUCUAUCCGAUCUGCAACAUUCAGUCGGACACAUUGAUAUGCAUAAAAAUGAAGAAGCAGAGUGCAAAGAUGAUGGAAAAAAAGAUGAUGCGUCUAAUUUAAGCUGCAUGCAAACAAGUUUGACAAAUGUUCUUGAAAGACUGACUAAAUUCUCCGAGUCCUCUAUGAAAAUGUGUGAAGAUAUUCGUCAGAAAUGUGAAGCAGCUCGAAAUGCUUACGACAACUACAAAGCACCACCUAGAUCCUUUAGCAUUUGA